CAGAGGUGGAGCUAGGGAAACCCAGGUGGCCUCUCUGAAACCCAGAGCUUAGGCAGCAGAGUGGCCUGGAGCAGCAUGAAGCAGAGCUGGGGACCCAGGCUGCUCAUCCUGGGAGCAGUGGUCCUCAUGAAGGGUCUUCGAGCAGCUCAGCUUGUGUGUGGGCAGCGUGGCCCUGGCCCCCCUGAGCCUCAGGAGGGCAUCACGGUACCUGGCGAGUGGUCGUGGCAAGUGAGUGUGAGGAGGCGGGGAGUCCACAUCUGCAGCGGAUCCCUGGUGGCGGACACCUGGGUCCUCACUGCUGCUCACUGCUUUGAAAAGGCAGCAGUGACAGAACUGAACUCCUGGUCGGUUGUCCUGGGUUCUCUGCAACGUGAGGGGCUGAGCCCAGGGGCUGAGGAGGUAGGAGUGACGGCUCUGCAGCUGCCACAGGCCUACAGCCACUACAGCCAGGGCUCAGACCUGGCCCUGCUACAACUUGCCCACCCCACGGCCCACACACCCCUCUGCUUGCCCCAACCUACCCAUCGCUUUCCUUUUGGGACCUCCUGCUGGGCCACUGGCUGGGAUCAGGACACCAAUGGUGCUCCCAGGACUCUGCGAAAUCUGCGCCUGCGUCUAAUCAGCCGCCCCACAUGUAACUGUCUCUAUAACCAGCUGCACCAGCGUCUGCUGGCCAGCCCAGCUCGGCCUGGGAUGCUGUGUGGGGGCGCCCAGCCUGGGGUGCAGGGGCCUUGUCAGGGAGAUUCCGGGGGCCCCGUGCUGUGCCGCGAGCCUGACGGAUACUGGGUCCAGGCUGGGAUCAUCAGCUUUGCAUCAAGCUGUGCCCAAGAAGACACUCCUGUGCUGCUGACCAACACAGCUGCUUACAGCUCCUGGCUGCAGGCUCAGGCUCAGGGGGCAGUUUUCCUGUCCCAGAACCCAGAGACCCCAGAGAUGAGUGAUGAGGACAGCUGUGUAGCCUGUGGAUCCUUGAGGAGAGAAGGUCCCCAGGCGGGAGCCCCCUCCCCAUGGCCCUGGGAUGCCAGGCUGAAGCACCAGGGGAAGCUGGCCUGUGGUGGAGCCCUGGUGUCAGAGGAGGUAGUGCUGACUGCUGCCCACUGCUUCAUUGGGCGCCAGACUCCAGAGGAAUGGACCAUAGCACUGGGGACUGGAGCAGAGGAGCGAGGCCUGAAGCAACUCAUCCUGCAUGGGGCUUAUACCCACCCAGAGGGGGGCUACGAUGUGGCCCUCCUGUUGCUGGCCCAACCUGUGACACUAGGCCCCAGCCUUCGGCCCCUCUGCCUGCCCUAUUCUGACCACCAUCUGCCUGACGGGGAACGUGGCUGGGUCCUGGGGCUGCCCCGCCAAGGAGCAGGCAUCAGCUCCCCUCAGACUGUGCCUGUGACCCUCCUGGGACCCAGGGCCUGCAGCCGGCUACAUACAACUCCUGGGAGCAACAACAUCCCCAUUCUGCCAGGGAUGGUGUGUACCAGUGUUGUGGGUGAGCCACCCAACUGUGAGGGUCUCUCUGGGACACCACUGGUACAUGAGGUGAGGGGCACAUGGUUCCUGGCUGGGCUACACAGCUUUGGAGAUGCCUGCCAAGGCCCGGCAAGGCCCGCAGUCUUCGUGGCACUCCCCGCCUAUGAGAGCUGGGUCAGCAGUUUGGACUGGCAGGUCUAUUUUGCUGAGGAGCCAGAGCCUGAGACUGAGCCUGGAAGCUGCUUGGCCAACAUGAGCAAACCAACUGGCUGUUAACAGGUGGCUCUGGGAUACUGCAGACACAGUGAGACAAUCCCUGCGUCACUGCCCUUGUCCCUCUCCCACUUCCCCAACCCACAUGUGAUGCCAGGCACGGGGCAGGCCCAACAGCCCAGGGGGCUCUGGGAAGAAGCCUGCCCAGACCAACUGCUGCCCUCACUCCCUACCCUGCAGGACAGGGAGGUGUCACCUGUGGAUGCUCCCCUACACCCAGCUCUGCUGUCCGAGGCAGGCGUCCCCAGCCUUCCCUAGUCUUCAUCCCCUCAGAUACGAUCACACCAGCCACUUACUUUGAAAAUUCAUUUUUUGGGGGAGGGGGAGCAAUUUUCCUUUUUUUUAAAACUUAAAUAAAUUGUUACAAAAUAGA